AUGGAUGUCUGGGAGCUUCAGCACUUUUCCGCUCUCUUUUACCUCUUGCAGUGCAUCGAAAGCAAUCCCAGCAAUCCCAAUGUCUCUUCGCGCUUAUUAGUGCAGUGUUUGGAUUCUUAUACAAAAGAUUUUCAAAACUUUCUUACUAUAGAUCCUCCAAAUGCAGCAUCUCGAAAUAAAUUGGAAUCUGGGGAAGCAGAACUGAAUGGAAUGGUCUGCAAGCUGAAUGAGACUUUUAUCAAGCAGUCUCUUACAAUUUCAUCAAAGCUUUCUAUGGAUGAAAUUCAGUCUGCUUGUCUUCUGCAAAAAGGUGUAGAAGCCUCGCAAGCCUUGGACCGUACUCCAAUUCAAGCUGCUUUAUACAUGUUUUUCUUGUCUCGUGAACAGCUCCUUGAAUCCUUAGAGUUGCUCACGAAAAUUGCAUCCUUUAGAGAUUUGGAUUCUGAAAUUGCAAAGGCUUUGCGUUCCUACUUGAACAGUCUAUGUAACGCGGGAAAAGACAUUGUAAAAACUUGCUGUGAUUUUGUUACUAUUUUGGAUACAAAAAUAACAGAAACACUUCGAAGUGAAGCUAAUGGUCAAGUACUAGGCAUCGCUGAUGUUGUUGAUUUUCAGGAAUACAUCAAGUUGUCUCAUGAAGCUCAUAUCGCCGAACUGGAAACUGUUGCUAUUAUUCUUUAUCAUUUAUCAGAGCUUGGAUUGUUGCAGCAAUCCCACUUUGAGUCUCUUUUGUCCACACUCAGCAAGAAUGAACCUAACAGUAAAAUUGCAGUUCUCAUAUUACCUUCACUGCUAAGCUUUUUGAAAAAGCUUCUUCAGGUCGAGUUUCUUCCAGAAGGAGAUGGUAAACUCAGUGUUGCACCUCCCACUUUACAGCAUAUACAUCACUUGCUUAUAAAGACAGCGGCCUCAAGCUGGAGUUGUCCUCAGUUCAAGCAGAUAUUAGGAAUAUGGUGGCUUACAUACCUUAACGAAGCCUGUAAACAUAUUGUAAAUGUUCCCUCUUUUAUAGAUUAUGCUUUGACAAUCAAGGAUCCCGCUAGUGACAUUAUUCACGCAGGCGUAUUUUCUGAUAUAAUAACUUUUGUUAUACUUCCCUUUCGACAAGCGGAUGACGAACGAAUGGAAUGGAGUUUUGCGUUCAAGCCUCGGUCACGCCUUUCAACCAGCUGGCCAACUAUUCGUCCGCUGUUGGUAAAUAUAAUAUUUUCCAAGUUCCGUUCUUUUUGUCAAUCAUUUAUAAGUUAUAUGCCUGAGAUUCUGAAAGUACUUAGGCUCCUUGAAGAGGACAAGUACCUAACAAACGCCGCUCAUUCUGAUUCAGCUACUGAAGAUCUUCAAUAUGUUUUUUUUCCUUUUGAGGAAUUUUAUCAUUUGUUAUCUUCCAUAUAUACAUACGAUAAGUCGUGGUCAUUGGACUUUUGGUCCGACAUCGAAAGCGAUAUGUAUGGCUUUUUAACCUGGUCUAUGGAAUCUCAGAUUCCGGGAAUUACCACCUCAUUUACACUUUUACUGGUUUCUAUAUGUACCAACGAAUUUACCGCAACGAAAGUUCAUGAAUUGAUGUCGGAACCGGCCGCGGAAACUAGUCAUUUCGACAACUCUGCAGUAACUGGAACAAAUUGGUCAUAUAUAUUUAAUGUAUUCCAUUACUAUAUUUCUCAGUUAAAACCCAUUCAGACCGUUGUAACUUCUUCGGGUGUUGCACGCGUUCAUACUGAACCUGGCGAAAUUGACAUUAAUUCUUCCUUCAUCUUACAAGGAUAUGUUUUGUUAUUUGCUACUGUAACUCGAAACAGCUCGCAAAUCUUGGUUUCCCUGUGUGAAGAUCAGACACUAAACCCAACCGGGACUUUCUUUGAAUUAUUAGAAUGCAGAUUAAUAGAAAGCGUGCGCUGCACGAUAUUAACGGCACUUGAAUCAAUGUCGCACCAAUCAUCUGGUUUUCUUAAUAAUGCCUUAUGGAACUAUUUGGAUAACUGGUUCAUUACUUCAGUUCUAUUUGACAUCGAUGGUGGGCUUGCACCGAUACCGUUUGCCAUUAAUUCUAAAAAUGUAUUCCCUAAGUCACCUAGUGCAUUUGGUCCUUUAUUAAAUAAUAUAAGAAGGUUGACGGCUACUCCAGGCAUGAGAAUUGCCUUUAUUAAAUUUUUAACUUCUUUGAUUCGGUCUAAAAAUGAACUCAGUGUGACCCUUACUUUCCCAGAAAACUUGGGAUCUUCCUAUCGUGCAUCCGGUGUUAAGCCUUACGUGGAUUUUGUAAUUGAAACUUUGGUUCUAUCUUCUACUCAAUGGAGAACUAUGCAUGAUGCCGAGUCCCUAAAAAUAACAAACUCAUGCCUUCAAUUUAUCUCUGCUGUUUUUGAUGAUCUCAAUUUGAAUCUCUUAAUUUAUUUCCGACUUUUUGGUAACAGAAUCAAAGACAAAGUUCAGAACAAUAGCUUAUAUGUUUAUUUGACAAGGCAUCCGGCGAUUUACUUGCUGGAAGCAGUUUUUGUUGAAAAUGUCUAUUCUGGUUUGUUCGACCUUGUUGAGUUCGGCUUUGACCAAAUUGAAGAUGUUGCAGUUCCUCCGCUACUGGUUUCUACCGUCUUACAAUCUCUUUUUAUUCUUCGUGACGUUCUCGCUCUGCAAAGGGAGUUAUUUAAAAAUGUAAUUCCUUAUAUUACUGAAUUGGGAAUAAGUAAACAUAUUUUAGAUUUGACUAUUUCCAGGAGAGCUUAUCGGGAAGUGUUCAUGACUAGGAUAUCUUCUAUUGUUCACCUUGCUUUAUUGGUAGGAUCUCGGCAUCAAUGUUUCGUACAACCAGCGAUUGAAAUUUUGGGUUUCUUGGUAGAUUCCGAAGGCUUUAUGAAUAAAGGCAGUACUGACGAAAAUAAGCUGUUGUGCUCAAUUGUUAGAACCGCGAAUGAGUCGAAGCGCAUUAUUUUUGGUUUUAUCCGGGCUUUUGAAUUCAGAUCGCGUAUGUUGUUAUCUUCCGGUAGUGAAUCCUCAUUUAUACUGCGUUUUCUAUUGAAUAAUUUAAAACAAAGCAAGGGUAUUUUUUCACUUGCUUUGUUGAUUUUAGGAUUCGAUAUAUCUUCCACAAACGCAGUAAUCGUUAGAGAUGAACCUGGUUAUGUUGGCUCACAGAUCUCUCUAUUGAACUCGCUCUUAAACUUCAUAGAAUUGAGAACACAAGAUGAUGUCGUUUUGGAGACUCCUUUAGUUAUGGUCGAAGCUUUGGAAAUUGUUGCCCAUCUCUGUUCUUCUCCGUUGACUUAUGAAGCUACUCUGGCAGUUCUUAGGGACCGUCCUCAUUUCCUUGUGAACCUUGUUAAUGUCGAGCCUAUAAUCUCUCAAAGUAGCAUACAAAAUCUCGAAAGCUUAUCUACAGAAGAAGUCAAUGUUUUUUCGAGAUGCUUGCAUGCUCGUGCACAAGUAAUGACAAUGUUACUGACGGAAAUCCAUUUUACCUCCUCGUUAGGAAAAAAGAAGCAGUCAAAAGAAUAUGUUACUUCCCUUAUUGGAAGCGCAGAUCGACUAAGGACUUCGCAGUUAUCUCAGAAAUCGUCUGGUUUUAAGAUACUAGAUUUUAUGGAUAUUCUGAGGAUCGACAACAGAAAAAUAGCAUCCGAAUUACCUAAAGUGCCAGGUUUUAAUUUAAGCAUGUUUGUGACAAAGUUCGAUAAUGGAGUCAAUGAUUUUCAAUUCGACACUGAUAGAGUUGUUAAAAUGUACAAACUCCUAUUCGAUACUGAAGCAUCGACCAUGGAAGGAACUAAUGAAGAAAAAGAAGUUUGGUACAACCAAAAGAGAGAGAAGUUACAGGAUCUUUCCAAUCGCCUAGAUCUUUUCAACGCACGGGUUGUUUUCCUUCAGCAUGUUCAUGAUUGCUUAGAGUCAUGGGCUAGACUAACUGGUGUCUUAAUUGAGGAUUGUCAUUCUUCAAUUCCUGAAGUAUAUUUUGAUGAAUUUAUUUGGGAAUUGUUGCGUUUGUUACUUCCAGGUGCAUCAAAUUACAGCUUAGAAAACCAGAAUACUGUCUCAGUUACCACUGCAGUCAUCGAAACUAUUGUUCCUUAUGCACUAAAAAAGAUGAAUGCUUUAAAAUCAGAAGAAUAUGGAAAGCUAACUUAUUUUGUUGAAGGAGUACAUGGAAUAAUUGUUAGCUUAAUUAAAGGCAUUCAGUGUCAGUCAUCUGAUGAAAGCAUACGUGAGAAUCUAUAUGGAUCUUUGUUAAGUAUUUUGACUACUUUUCAAAAAUGUACUAGUACACUGAGCAGGGAAGAUGGGGAUCCGGAAUUCUUAAAAACUUUAGAUAAGUGUAUGAAUUCGAGCUUAUUGAGCUCUUCAUUUUUGGAUGUUUUAACCAAAGAUGCGUUGUACACAAGUGGAUCGUGCUGGGAAUUAUCGGUAAUCACGUUGAAUUUCCUACACAGACUAUCACCGGACAUUUCAACUCACUUGUACAAAUAUUACUUGCGUCGCAACUUUAUUGGCUCCUUUGUUGAUGCCUUCUCAAAAAUAUUUUCAGAUAUACUGGCUUCCGGGAAAGAAAUUAUUGAAGUCAUAAGUGGUUUGGAAGCAGGACAGUGCUUCUUGAUUACACUUGCACAAAACAAAAUUGCUGUUCAUUCUGUUUUAACGAUGGAUUAUAUACGAUUAGUGGUUCAAUUGUUGUUGCAGUUAUGUAAACAAGGCGGUAUUCAACACCUUCGACCUCAAGUUCAGCGUUUAAUGCUUCAACUUUUGCAAAUCUUUAUAUUGGCAUUAAUGAAGGUACCUUUAAAGGUAAUGUCUAAUAAAGACAAAGCACUCUUACAGUCUGUGUUUUCACUUUCAAGAAAGUUACAGGAUUCUGUUCAAAUUAAUGCAGAACAAGCUUGGAGCACAGAAGCCGUUACCGUGAAGAAGUAUGUUGAAGUAAUAAGUCAACUUUUGGAUCUUCAUAGAGAAUAA